CUGUUUGUUGCUAACAAUAGCGUAACUCGGUAACUUUAACUGAGACUAAACCGGUUUUUUCUGAACUUUUAGCGGAUUUAACGGACGGUGACCGGCUGUAAAUGAUUCUGUCUGAGGAGGAGACACGUCAGCGCUGGUUUAUGGUGGAUUUUAUGUAAACCUGGACGAAUAAAAAGAGUCGCUGAUCGUCAUCUACACAGAAUCUGAUCCAUCGAUUCGUCUGGAAAAUGAAGACAGACAUCACGUACGACCAGCUGGUCGACAUGGAAUGGCAGCGUCAGGAGUCGACCAGGAAGGCCCGUCUGUAUUCCCGCUGUGCGAUGGCUCUGCUCACCCUGGCGGCCUCGCUGCUGUUUGUCACCGCCCUCUUUAACCUCUUGACCCCCAGAGGCCCCGCCCCCCGGCCCCACCCAGCCCCGAGCAGCAGCCUCCGCCUACCCCAGUUCGAGUCCUGCUCAGACCCUUGCAAGAUCGUUCUGGUGGAGAGCAUCCCUGAAGGCCUGGAGUUCAACUCUAGCUCCACCCACCUGUCAAUCUUCCAGGCCUGGAUGACUCUGAUGGGCGAGGCUCGCAGCAGCCUGGACAUCGCCUCCUUCUAUUGGACGCUCACCAACAAGGACACGGGCACGCAAGAGCCCUCGGCCAAUCAGGGGGAAACUAUCCUGAAGACGUUAUCUGAACUGUCUGGAAAACUGUCGGUUCGCAUCGCCGUCAACACACCGCAAGAAACUCAACUGAAAGGAGACCUGAGAUGGCUCAACGAAUCAGGAGCCGACAUCAGGACGGUGAACAUGAGGGAGCUCACCUCAGGCGUCCUCCACACUAAGUUCUGGGUUGUGGAUAAGAAACACAUCUACAUCGGCAGCGCCAACAUGGACUGGAGGUCACUCACACAGGUGAAGGAGCUCGGCGCCGUGGUCUACAACUGCAGCUGCCUGGCUUCAGACCUGGGGAAGAUCUUCGAGGCCUACUGGUUCCUGGGGGAGAGUCAGUCCAUCCCGGCGCCGUGGCCCGCCAGCUUCUCCACCGCCUACAAUAAGGACACGCCCCUUCAACUGCCACUCAACGACACGCCGUCCAGCGUCUACCUGUCGAGUUCGCCGCCGUCCUUCUGUGCAUCCGGUCGGACCACUGACCUCCAGUCCAUCCUCAGCGUGAUGGACGACGCCCAGAGCUUCAUCUACAUCGCCGUCAUGAACUACCUGCCCACCAUGGAGUUCUCCCACCCCAAAAGGUACUGGGCCGACAUCGACACCCAGCUGAGGCGGGCGGCGUACGAGAGGCGGGUCAAAGUGCGUCUCCUGAUCAGCUGUUGGCCCAGCACUCAGCCCGUCAUGAUCCCCUUCCUCAAGUCUCUGGCAUCAGUUCAGGACGCCAAGAGCAAACUGGACAUCCAGGUGAGGCUGUUCGUUGUUCCAUCCACCCCGUCACAGGAGAAGAUCCCCUAUGCCAGAGUCAACCACAACAAGUACAUGGUGACGGACAAGGUGGCCUACAUAGGUACCUCUAACUGGUCAGGCGACUACUUCGUGAGUACGGCCGGUUCUGCGUUGGUCGUAAACCAGACGGUGUCGCAGUCGGCCGAGCCCACCGUCCAAUCACAGCUGCAGGCGGUGUUCGAGAGGGACUGGAGCUCCGCCUACAGCACGCCGUUGACCCAGGACUUCCAGGUCAAAGAAAUCUGUAAGAUGCACCGCUCGUCCACGUUUUCGGUCUGAACAGGACGAAGUGGCGUCGGAUCGCACACCAGACACCGACUGGACAGAGUUUUCAACCACCGGGAGAUUUAAAACGAUUUAAAGACGCAAGGAUUCAAUCUCCAGUCCGAUAGUUUUCCACAUCUUCUGCUUUACAGUGUUGUUUGUGUCUUGGAGCAGCGGGGGGCAUUGUUUGACCCCCCCAGUCUGGUCAGGUUUAGUCUGAAGGGCUUUAUCUGGUCUUUAACGGUGGACUGAACAGUUGUAAUACCACUGACAGCCACUAGAGGCUCCCAUUGACACAGUGUCCCAUCGGUUUUACCCUGAACCUGCUCCGUUUGUGCGGUUUUAGUGAAUGGAUGCUUCGAUCGACAGCUUCUUUUAUUAAAUUAAACAUAUUUUUCUUGACAAAAUGACUCCUGGGAAGUUUUGGAUUUUAAAAAAUGACAAACAAAAGUAAAAUGAUGUAAAUACAUGAUGAACUUUGGACUUUUAUUGAGUCUGUGAGUUAGCAUUUAGCAUUAACUCACCCAUGACCACUCACACUCCUCUGGCUCCGCCCCCUUUUGGUCACUUCUGUUCUAUAAACCCAACAUUGCGACAACCAAAUCAGAAACUACAGUCGGAGUCUUCACACGGUCUCUGGUUGCUAUGGUAAUGACACAGGCGUCAGCUUCGGCGUCUUCAUUUCCUGACUUUGUGCUGAUUUUUUUUUCGCUGGUUGAAUAAAAUGUGUGUGAUGAUGUUUUUGAUCUCAGGGAACACACCGGGCUGGGUUUGGGGCUUUUUUUUUUUGGAUUCUGGACUGCGGUGCCGUGUCCGUUCACCUGUUUUUAAUGAAAUAAAAGUAAAACCGGGCGCUGGAUGUUAGAUGUUAAUCAGGUUGACCAUCUACUGGUCACCAUGGCAACUGUCCAGGAAGCUGCGAGUGUUGGACACAGGUUUUAUAUGAUGAUGCUUUUCCUAUUCUUUUAUUAAAUGUUACAAACCUGUG